GGCGCUCUGCCCGGCGCUCUCUCUGCGCGAGUCCGUGUAUCGCUGCUGCGUCUGAUGCCACCCAAUGCAGCCCGCCUGCUUCUCUCCGCUACCUGCGCUGUACCUCGUGCUCGACGCACCCAAGGCACACCCGCUGCUGGUAUCGAGUACCUGCAGCGCCCAAAGUGUCUCGACCGCCUGGCGCUCUCCUGCUGCUUCCCAGCAAGGCGGUCGGUCAUCUGCAGCGCCAACUGGCUGGGCUUAUACACCAACAAUGUAUGUACGUUGCGCGUUGGCGGACUGCCGCGGCACCAUAUAACUGGCCGCCCGCCGUCGUUUGCUUCUAUUUCCCCCUUCUAUCCUACUCGCAUUUACAUACAAACUGUCCAUCUUGCCCAGCAACACUUCAUCGCUCGUCUUUCUGACCGACUCUCCUUAUCGUUGUCGUCUUCCUCUUCAUACUUUUCUCUCUCUUAUUUCUUCUUCUUCUUCUUCUUCAUCUUCUUCUUCAUCUUCUUACUUCUCAUUUUACACCUUACUUACAUACCAUUUAUUAUAAUUCUCUACUUGAGCACCGUCCUACGACCUUCUUUCCCUCCUUUUCUCUUCUUCUACAUUCGACUUGCGCCGAUAUUGAUAGCCCUACAGCUGCUGCUACCACCAUCAUAAGUGGCUGCACAAACAUACUGCUGCCUAUCUGUCCUGCUAUAUAUACCCUGACACGGAGCUCUCAAUCUCUGCCCUAAUCACUUACACGCUCUCAUACUGUCGACGUCAGCCAUUCACUACGUGCUUGGCCUACUAUUGCUGCCACUCUGCUGCUGCUCCUGCUGCCGCUACAUAUCUAC